AGCUGACGGACGGCUCAGACCCUGUGCUUGGCAUGGCAUGAAUGUGAGUGCCUGCUGGAGCAACGGUUUGACCUGGGAGACUUGCUGCCGGAACUUUUUGGCCAACGAUUGCUGGAGGCCUCCGUUGACGUAUGAGACCUGCUGCGUGCUGCGCGCGGAGUCCACCGCGGAUGCGAGAGGUUUCAUCCUUCCGGAGACUCCUCAGGCAUUGCUCGCAGUGCAGAGGCUAGAGGCAGCUACAGGGGUAUCAGCUCGUUUGGCCUGGCCAAAGGGGCAGCUUCUGGUGAAGUGGCGGCAAAGCUGGCUUUGCCCACCGCCUGCAGCCAGGCAGAGGACCAGCGGCUGCGAGCAUGCUGCAUAUGACAAUCUAUGGGCAAAGGCUCGCACCUUCACGGAGUUAGCUUUGGAGACGGCGCAAGCCGCUCCUGGGGAUGAGCGCCAUGCCAAGUCCUUUGCUUCAUUGCUGCUGCUGGCCGGCAGUGUGGAGGAGCUGCACUGCAUCCUCAGGUACUGGCACUGCUUCGAGGCAGCGCACAGCGCCUUUGAUCAGGUCUGCGCGAUUAUCGACUUGGUCCUCUUACAGCUUGCAAGCUUGCUGGGCGAAGCACCGGAGGCCUUCUCGCCCUGGCUAGGUCAAGGCAGCUUCUGCAGCCAAGCCUUGCAGCGUGGGGUCAACGACAUUUUGCAGUUCGUCCUCUUUUGGGUCUUCCAGCGCUUCGACCAGCGCCUCCGAAUCAUUAGCCAGGCUGUACGGUGGUCGGACUAUUUGGCCCGCAGUAGUGGGUCUCAGGAAGAGUUCGGCAAGUACAUGGAAUUGAACCCACCUCGUGGGCAGUUCUAUCAUUUUUCGAGGGCUGUGGAGUUCAAUCCCGUGUGUGAGGACCUGCAGCGAUAUGGGACGAGGAAUUUUUACUCAGGCUUCUGGCAUCGACCCUGGCUGGACACCACGCAGAGUUUGACUUGGCACCUCUUCAUCCAUGAUAUCAUGGACAUUAUCAACGUCCGCUCGGGAGGACUGAGCAGAACGGUAUUGAACCUUGGCGCCGAUGAUGGUGGCUGCAACCAUGGUGGAGCACGCUACUGGAUGUUUGAUCCAGCCAACUGCUUGCUGCUCUCUUAUCAUGGCUUUGGCGGAGUCUUCUUGGAGGGACGACACGACAGCGUGGAGAAAAUGCGGCGGCGCUUCGCCGGCCGUGGGGGCGCUUUGUGCAGCGAGGGCAUCGCAACCACGUCCAAUGUGCGAGUGGCCAUUCUGCGGGCAGAGCCCUGUGACGGCACGGCACCCGGAGCUGAAGCCCGCAGAGUGCAGGAGAGUUUGGCGGCCGGCCAGCUGGACUUGCUAAAGCUGGACGUGGAUUUCGGGGACUGCGACUUCUUGGAGGAGUUGGUGCCGUGGCUUCGGCCCAAGCUGGUGCAUGCAGAGAUGAACCCCUACUACCCGCCCCCGUUCGCACAGAAGCAGCACUUCCAUGAAAACCAGCUCAUGGAAUACAUCGAGGCGGGGCAAGAGCUCCCCCAGGCGGUGCGAGGUUGCUCCCUGAGCGCCAUCUCAAGAUCCCUGGGUGGGCCAGAGGUCUAUGUCGUGGCUCAGGUGGAGUUUGACCAUGUGCUCUUCAUCCGCCGAGAUUUGGCAGCGCAGGUGCUCCUGCCGAAAAGAACAUCCCUGACGUUGUGGGAUCACUGGUUGGCAGGCUAUUAUUGCCAUCCACUUCGCCGUGUUGCUCGUGAGGAUGAGUGGGAAGCAGGCUUUGACUUCAGGCGCUUCAUCCCGACCUCUGAGGGUGAUUUGACCCAAGUAGAAGCCGACAUGCAUAGUUUUUUGGUCUCGGCCGGAGGGACGGAUCAUUUAGACUCCGAGCACGCGCGAUGGACGUUCUCCUUGCUCCGCUGCGACGAGUGUGGUUGAUUAGGCAGCUGAGGCGGUCAGUUGCCAAGCUAGUGCCGUCAAUCGCAAGGCUAAUGCCUUUGCUAGCGGGAGAUGCCGUGGUGAAAUGAAGCUUCAUUGUUGCAGCAUUGUGCAGUAGGUCUGAGAACGAACUGUUCUUUUGAAAAGAGUGCUUCA